UGCAAUGCCACUGUGUGUGAAGUCAUGUAGCAGGGGAUGAAAAUGGCCGCAAUACUCAAUGUAUUCCUGUUAUCUCUAUCUGUUUCCAAGACUGUGACGUACGGUUGUGAAGUGGGAUAUUAUGGUAGAAAUUGCACAAACAAAUGUGACCACUGCAAGAAUAGUGUAACUUGUGGAGUACAGAAUGGGGAAUGUGAUGCUCUAGGCUGUAUAAACGAUGGAUACCAACCUCCAUUAUGUAAAGAGUGUAAACGCGGUAGGUAUGGACUUAAUUGUAUAAAACAGUGCAGUCAAUUUUGUAUCGACGAUGACUGCCAAAAAAAUGAAGGAACCUGUAUAAAGGGCUGUGAGAGAGGUUACAGUGGAAAUCUUUGUAAUGAAACAUGCCAGAAACAAUGGUACGGACUUAACUGCUCUGAAACGUGCGGAAACUGUUUAAAAGAUACUAUAUGCCAUCAUGUUACCGGGACUUGUCUUGAAGGAUGUGCUGCGGGUUAUAAGACACAAACUUGUAAAACCUCUUGCGACGAUGGAAAAUACGGAAUGAAUUGUCGGUUCGACUGUAGCAGACACUGUUUGAAUGACAAGGUGUGCAACAAAAUAGACGGUAGUUGCCGGUCCUGUGCAGAUGGAUAUAAAGGACUAAAAUGCAACACAACAUGUGAAACUGGAAAGUAUGGUAAAGGUUGUUCUCAGAACUGUGGAGCCUGUCUCAAUUCCACUAUCUGUAAUCACAUAACUGGAGAUUGUGGACUUGGAUGUGAGCCAGGAUGGCAAAAAACAGAUACAUGUACAACAGCCUGCAGCGCCGGCAGAUAUGGACAUAAUUGUGGGUACACAUGCAGCGGAAACUGUGUAAAUGGGGAGGCAUGUGAUAAAACAAACGGAAGUUGCAGAUCCUGUACCGAUGGAUUCCAAGGAUUUAAAUGUGACAGAGAUAUUCGCCCGUCACCAACGGAUUUCAAAAAGAAAAUGGACCUAGAAGACCUGAAGAUAGAGAAAAUGAUGCUUGAAAAUAAGAAGACACAAAAAGAAAUCCAGAGGCUGGAGGUUGAGACAGAGGUUCUACGUGUUAGAAAGAACGUGUUAUUAAGAUUGCAAGGGAUACUUAGCGAACUCUCUAAAGUUGUGGUUCAACUGCUCAAUGACAGUAAAGAAUAAUCGGCUAAUAUAUUUAAUACUCAAUUUAUAACAUUGGUGUUUUAAUGUUUGAGACUAAGCGUCUUAAAUGCAGUAUAUGGCUUUUUCUGGUUGUUGUUUUUUUCAACGACAAUAAUAUGUUAAAAAGC